CAGCAGGAUAUUUCUGGGAUAUUGGAGGGGAAGAACUCGGGAUGGGCCAGCCAGAGAUAUAUAGUAGAGUUUGAUCUGCCCCCUCAGGCGCGACGAUGGAGAGAUCUGCGUGUGUCCGUCUGUUCAGCAUUGCCGAGUUCUAAGCCAACACCCUCAACCUUCGACCUCGGCCGCUACCGAACGAAUGCAUCUCUCCCCGGCAGCCCUGGCAGCUGCGGCCGCGGCAUUGGCCCAGACCGCGACGGCGUCGCCCACCAACCCGGCCGCGCGGCAGGCGGCGUCGACGCUGACGGUCAACCUCGGGCAGCGGUACCAGGAGAUGGACGGGUUCGGGUUCAGCGAGGCGUUCCAGCGGGCCUACAACAUCUACAACCUGGCCGAGCCGAAGCGGUCGCAGCUCGUCGACCUGCUCUUCAACGCCACCACGGGCGCGGGCUUCACCAUUGUGCGCAACGGUAUCGGGAGCAGCCCCAGCACCGCGAACGACUGGAUGAACACGUUUGAGCCCACCAGCCCCGGGAGCCCCUCCGCCGAGCCAAAGUAUGUGUGGGACGGGAAGGACUCGGGCCAGCUCUGGGUCUCGCAGCAGGCUGUCAAGUACGGCGUCAAGACCUUCUACGGCAAUGCAUGGAGUGCUCCCGGGUUCAUGAAGACGAACGGCAACGAUGCGAAUGGCGGCUCUCUCUGCGGAGUCUCGGGAGCGACUUGCGCCAGCGGGGACUGGAAGCAGGCGUACGCCGACUACCUGGUCAAGUACAUCCAGCUGUAUCAGGAGAAUGGCGUGGACGUAACUCACCUCGGCUUCGUGAACGAGCCAGAUUUGAGCACGAGCUACGCCUCGAUGCAGUCGACCGGACAGCAGUCGGCCGACUUCAUCAAGGUGCUGCACCCGACGCUAGAGGAGGCCGGCUUCUCCAAUGUGAGCAUCACCUGCUGCGAGGCGACGGGCUGGAGCGCCCAGAGCACCAUGACGUUGGCGCUCAAGAGCGCCGGGGUCGAGGACAUAGUCGGCGUCAUCACGGGCCACACCUACACCAGCGGCAUCAACGGCCCGCAGCCCACGCGCAACAAGGUCUGGGAGACGGAGUGCUCCGACCUCAGUGGCGGCUGGUCGACGGCCUGGUACUCCAACGGCGGUUCCGGCGACGGCUUCACCUGGGCGAACAACAUCUACACCGGCCUCACGACCGGCAACGUCAGCGCCUAUCUCUGGUGGGUAGGCACCCAGGACAAGGCGACCAACAAUAACAACAACGAGAAGCUGAUCCUCGUCGACGGCGGCGACUACGCCGUGUCCAAGCGCUUCUGGGCGUUCGCGCAGUACAGCAGGACGAUCCGGCCCAAGGCGGUCCGGGUCGGCAUCGCGGGCGGCGGCAGCGGCCUGCGGUCGACGGCCUUUGUCAACGCCGACGGAUCCAUCGCCGUCAACGUCAUCAACUCGGGCGGGUCCGCCGCCGCGCUGUCCGUCGCGGGGACGGGCGCCACUGCCGCCAGGGGGUGGAAGACGGAUAACACUAACGAUAUGACGGAGCUCGAUGGCGUCUCCGUCGGGGCGGACGGGACUGUGGCUGGCGUCUCGGUGCCGGCGCGAGGUAUGGUCAGUCUUGUUAUCUCGACGGGCGAUGGUGAUGUGGCCGCGGAGGAGGGUGCGGAGGAGUCUGCAGAGUAG